AUGUACAGUACUGUAAAUUUAGAAUACAACUGGAAGGUGGCGAAUAAUAUCUCUAUCCUUAGAAGAGGGGCCACUCGGAUUCAGGACCUGCAGCAGCCUGGGAUCACAGUGUGUCAGAUUGAUCAGCGACUUUCCAGACGGGCGGGUGGCGGAUCGGAUGGCUGGUCAGAUACCGGCACUCCAAGAGACAUCCUCGGUGAAUUGAAUUUGAUCAAUGUUCCUGUACCCAUCCUCGCUCAAAAGACAAAGACAAUCUUUGCAACAUCGGUGACUGGAUUUUUAGGCAGCCAGGUGGUUCGGGUAUUGCUAGAGGACCCCAGUGUGGGCCACAUUGUGGGCCUAGUGCGUUCGGGUAGUGAAGAGGAAGCCCGAGACAGGAUACGACCUCCUGCUCAACUUGGUCAGUGGUGGCGUGUUGAAUUUGACUCUCAAAUCGAAGUAUGGCUUGGGGAUUUGAGUCUUCCAAGGCUGGGGCUUGACGAUGCGCAUUGGAGGGGCCUCACAGGUCAGAUGCGCAUCGAUGGAAUCACCCACAACGGUGCCCGAGUCAACUGGUUGGAUGACUUCUCGACGCUGAAGCCCACAAAUGUUGACAGUACCCGCACUACCUUGGAGGCCCUGUCCAAAAUGCCAGCACCGUGUCCAUUCACAUACGUGUGCGGGGGGUAUCUCCCAUCGCCAACAGAAACUCGAGAGCAAGUUUUGAAUAAUCUCGCUCAUGCAUGUGGGUAUGAUCAAACCAAGUUUCUAUCACGGAUGAUGGUGGAGAAAUACAAUCGCCGGCUCGACCAAAGGCCGGAUCCGUCAGUCCCGCGGGGACGAGUGGUACAACCGGGAUAUCUGGCAGGCACGAGAUGGGAAGGAAUUGCCCACCCCGAAGAUUUCCUGUGGCGCCUGGCUUACAGUAUUCAAUCUCUUGAAACUGUGCGCAGUGAUUUGCGGAAAGCACAUAUACCGGUGGCAGGAGUAGAACAAAUGACUUCCCUUGUGGUGGGGAGUGUUCUGAAUCCGCAGGGCAAACAAACAGUGGAUUGCCACGAUGGGGUGUCAAUUGAGACUUUUUUGCAGGAUUCUCACCAGCCGCAGUGGUCGACUGAUCAAGACCAUGGGCCAUAG